AUGGCUCAUGUUCCUAAUACCCCAGGAGCUCCUAAUGCUCGACCCAGCUGGCAAGACCAGCUUCGAGCUAACCGUCUUGAUCUUGGGUUCGCAGGAGGCCGCACUGCUUGGUCCAGCACCGUCGUCAUCCAAGAUCGGACAAUUUAUGCUCGCUACUGGUAUGAUGGCCAGUACCUCAACAAUGCCAAAGAAGACGCUGCUGAGGUCGCCUUGAAGUCCAUGGGCCAGCCGUCUCGGUCCUCCACCGUCUUCCCGAGCCAGAUGUGGCAGCAACCACAAACAACCAGCUAUGGUCGCGGAACCGGCGGGUUGUGA